GUGAAGCAUUAAAAGCUGAAAGUAUUAUUCAUCAAAAGAUUGCCAAAGCAAAAGAAAAAAGCGAGUCAAUAAAACAAAUACAAAAGGCAAUUGAAAAAAGAUGGGAAGAUCUAAAAGAUAAUUCGAAGUGUAUAAUAGAUAGCGUAUUAGAUAAAUCACAUAAAUCAAUAGUAAUGAAUCAUAUUGAAAAAGAGAUAUCAGAUAACAAUACAGUAAUAAUUACGGAAGACAGUGAAAUUAAAAGAACAUUUUCACAAUUGGACGAGAAAAAGAAACACUAA